AUGUCCAGUCGCGAGCAUCGCAUCGCCAGCGCCGCCGAUAGUCUGAUCACCCACCUCGUUCCUGGCGACCCCGACGAAGACGACGCUGCUGCGCAAGAGAGAUAUGACAAUUGUUACGACCUCGUCAACGCCAUAAUCUCUGGUGAACCCUCACACAGCCCCGCCUCCCCCGCCAUCGCCUCGGACGUCAAUCACGCCUCGGAGCUGAUACGAAGCAAGCUCAUCCAGAGCAACCCCAGCCAGGCCCUUCGCUUCGCCAACCUCUAUACCCGACUGCUAUCCCUCCCCGUUCUCAAUCAGAAGUGGGCCAUUCUCUACCUCCUCUACCAACUCUCCGACUCUCCAGACCCCAACGAACCUCUGCCCCUCAGCCCACUCCCACCCGCGCCGCGAGCCGCCAGCCCUCAUGAUGCAGCGAGGCGGCCUGACUUGGACCGCGUCUCCAAGACGUCGACGCCCGUGUCAAGGAUGGAGGACGAGGCCUUCAGAGAGGCAUUCGCCCAAGAAGGCCUGAAGAAGUUUCCGCCCCAAAAGGCCGCCAAGAGACCUGCGUCAGACGACGAAGACAGCACUGCCGAGAGCCCCAAGAGGAUUGUGGCCCUCAAGUCGACUCUGCUGGCAGACAACUACACCGAGAUCGAGCCUUCCGAGACGGCUCUGCUGCGCGACCUCCCCUUCACUCUGCAGGGACUCCGUCACUGCUCUAUCGCAACCUCGACGCCUUUGUCACGUCAUCCGCCGAAAGGGCUUCUCCGCCAGAGCCUGCGCGCAGCCAUCAGCGGUGAGCUGCGUGCCUAUCUGAGCCUCGUUGCCACACUCGAAGGCCAGAUCCGGCGUGCCCUUUCGACGCUCGACGAAUCCGCCCCUAGGGGCGGCAUCGGUAAGGCCGGUGUGACGCUCAAACGGUGUGUUGUUUGGACGAGGGAGGCCACCAUGGGCCUCCGCCUCAUGAGUCUCGUCGCAGAAGAGUCGGAGAACAAAAGGGGCGGUCAGCUGAUCUCCUUGAUCCACGGCUUUUCCGCCUCGCACGGAGACCCCAUGGUGGCCGCUUUUGCAGAGAGGCUCCUCGCCCACGUUACGAGACCGUUCUACGACAUACUGCGCCGCUGGAUCUACGAUGGUGAGCUUCUCGACCCAUACUGCGAGUUCUUCGUCAAGGAGCCCAAGCAGACCGACGAGCCCAAGACAGCGGCCAGCAGCGUCUGGGAAGACAAGUACGAGAUUGACAAGGGCAUGAUUCCCAGCAUCAUCACCCAGGACUUUGCUCAGAAAGUUUUCCUCAUUGGCAAGUCCCUCAAUUUUAUCCGGCACAGCUGCGGCGACUCGCAGUGGGUGGAGAACUAUUCCAAAGACGCAUCCAAAGAGCUACGAUACGGAGACACAGAGACACUGGAGGCCUGGAUUGACGAAGCGUACAAAACCACCAUGAAACGACUCAUCGACCUCAUGGCCAACAAGUUCCACCUCUAUGAGCACCUACAGGCUCUCAAAGAUUACAUCCUUCUCGGCCAGGGCGACUUCAUCGCCCUGCUCAUGGAGUCCCUCGCCGCCAACCUCGACCGGCCUGCCGGCGCGCAGUACCGUCACACGCUGACCGCACAGCUGGAGCAUGCUAUCCGCGGCUCGAAUGCCCAGUACGACUCCCCCGAGGUCCUCCGUCGCCUCGAUGCCCGCAUGCUCCAGCUUUCCCAUGGAGACAUUGGCUGGGACUGUUUCACGCUUGAAUACAAGAUUGACUCCCCGGUGGAUGUCGUCGUUACGGAAUGGGGCAACCGACAGUACCUCAAGGUCUUCAACUUCCUGUGGCGCAUCAAGCGCGUCGAAUUUGCCCUGGCGUCUACGUGGCGCAAGUGCAUGACCGGCGCCCGCGGCGCCGACGUGCGCUUCUCCACCCGUCACGCCGCUGCCAAGGCUGCCGACGACGACGACGACGCCGCCGCGGCGCCUGGCGGCACCUCGGCCAUCGCCUCCGAGUUCCCCGCCCUCCACGACCGCCUGCGCCAGCUAGGCGCCUCGUUCCGCACGCGCCUGCAGAUCCUCCUCGGCGACCUCGCCUACCAGUCCGACGUCGACAUGCGCUUCCUUGGCGUGGCCAUGAACUUCAACGACGUCUACCAGCCCGCGCGCCGCAAGACAAAGGCCGCACCCGGAUCAGCAGCCUCGGACGCAAAGGCGAGCACAUCGGGUGCCGCCGCGGGCAAGGGAACGAGGUAG